AUGCUGGCUGACUGGCAGGAACACAUCUGGCUGGCAGGAACACAGGCUGGCUGGCUGGCUGGCUGGCAGGAACACAGGCUGGCAAGAAUGCUGUCUGCCUGGUUGGAACGCUGGCUGGCUGGUGGGAACGCAGGCAGGCUGGCUGGACCACAGGCUGGCUGGCCGGACCUGUGGGUGAAUGGCUGGCCAACUGGCAGGAACGCUGACUGUCAGGAACGCUGCCUGGCAGGAACGCUGGCUGUCUGGCAGGGGAGCUGGCUGGCAGGAAAUUUGUCUGCCUGGCAGGAACACAGGCUGGCUGGCAGGAACUCAGGCUGGCUGGGUGGAUCUCAGGCUGGCUGGCAGGAACGCAGGCUGGCUGGCAGGAACACUGCCUGGCUGGCUCGCUGGCUGGCAGGAACGCUGGCUGGCAAGAAUGCUGGCUGGCAGGCACGAAUGCAGGAUGUCUCGCAGGAACACAGACUGGCUGGCAGGAACACAGGCUGGGUGGCAGGAAUGCAGGCUGACUGGCAGGAUCGUAGGCUGGCUGGCAGCAACACUGGCAGGCUGGAAGGAACACAGUCUGGCUGGCAGGAACACAGGCUGUCAGGCAGGAAUACUUACUGGCUGGCUGGCUGGGUGGCAUGGACGCAGGUUGCCAGGGAAGGGACGCUGGCUGGCUGGCAGGAAUGCUGGCUGGCAGAACGGUUGGCAGGGACGCUGGCUGGCUGGCAGGAACACAGGCUGGUUGGCAGGAUCGAAGGCUGUCUGGCAGGAACGCAGGCUGGCUCGCAGGGACACUGGGUGACUGGCUGGCUGGCAGGAACGCUGUCUGGUAGGAACGCUAAAUGCCUGUCAGGAACACAGGCAGGUUGGCAGGAACGCAGGCUGGCUGACAGGAACACAGGGUGGCUGGCAGGAACGCAGGCUGGCUGGCAGGAACGCAGGCUGGCUGGCAGGAGCACUGGCUGUUUGGCGGGCUGGCUGGCAGGAACGCUGGCUGACUGGCAGGAACACAUCUGGCUGGCAGGAACACAGGCUGGCUGGCUGGCUGGCUGGCAGGAACACAGGCUGACAAGAACGACCUCUGGCUGGAUGGAACGCAGGCUGGCUGGUAGGAACGCAGGAAGUCUGGCUGGACCACAGGCAGGACCUGUGGAUGGCUGGCUGGCCGGCUGGCAGGAACGCUGGCUGACAGGAACGCUGCCUGGCAGGAACGAUGGCUGGCUGGCAGGAACGCUGGCUGGCAGGAAAUUUGUCUGCCUGUCAGGAACAAAGGUUGGCUGGCAGCAAUGCAGGCUGGUUUAUAGGAACACGGGCAGGCUGGCAGGGACACUGGGUGACUGGCUGGCAGGCUGGCAGGAACGCUGGCUGGCAGGAACGCUGGCUGGCUGGCAGGAGCGCCGACUGGCUGGGAGGAACUCAGGCUGGCUGGCAGGAACGCAGGGUGUCUGGCAGGAACACUGGCUGGCUGGCUGGCUGGCUGGCUGGCGGCUGGAAGGAACGCUGGCUGGCAGGAAUGCUGGCUGGCAGGCACGAACACAGGCUGGCUCGAGAGAACGCAGGCUGCCUGGCAGGAACACAGGCUGGCUGGCAGGAACGCAGGCUGGCUGGCAGGAUCGCAGGCUGGCUGGCAGGAACACAGGCUGGCUGACUUUCUAG